CAACCGUCACAGAAUGCGAGUGCGUGCAUUAACACAGUGCAGUACUAAGACUUGAUACCUUCCCCGGAGUAGGACGCUGAAAUUGGGACAAAGCAGCACUUUGAUCCUUUUGCGCGUCUUCUAGGAUCACGUUUUGAAAUUGGCACUGUUUUAGCUAAAGCACCGAAUAAUUAAAUAGCCCCAGGAAGAUUAAUACGGGACAAAACCAUUCAAUUUGUUCGUCAAUCUAGCUGUGGUGCGUGACAAAUUGUAAACAUGGCAGACGAGGAAAACCCAGGAAGUCCAACGGCAGGGAGUCCUAAGCCCGCUGAAAGCCCCCGUCAAGGCAGCCCGAGACGGGACAGUCCCCGACACAGCGUGGCAUCAGCGCCCCGCUCUCCUCGCUCGCCGAGGAAGUCGCGUGCGAACAAAAUCUACCGCACACCCCCGACCCCCCCACCCGAGGAAAUGCUGGCCAUGGAGAAGGGGUUCAUACGGGACAAUAUAGCUUGUGGAAGUAUAGCCGGGGACUAUGCUAAGGCCAACCCCAAGGUGGGACCGGUCGUCCCUCCUUAUAAUGGUCAGAAGGAUAAACAUGCCAGACCGUAUUUUGGGUUUCACAGCGUGCCACAGAGUCUCAAGUUUUAUGACCAGGAAAAUGGCGGCUGCUCAAUAGAAGGCAAAGUCAUGGACAGGUUCCACGAGGCAGGUGCAGGACAUCAGUAUUUAGUUCUUAGAAACCAAUUUGGAGCAGGUCACUCCAGUGAAGAUGUAGAUGGUCACUCUCAGUUCAUGCAGGGGGUCAAGCCGGUCAUCGGAUACCACGGCCCUUACGGGUUCCGCAGGAACACACCUUGGCUCAGAGCGGAACCUUCUCCUUUCGGACCACCGACGCGUUCACCUUUGCAUUAA